ACUUCAAAUCGAGUGGCAUGGGUCGACACAUCUCAACUAAAACGAUUCUUCGCCAAAUAUAGAAUUAAGGAUAAGAAUCGCUGAAAGCAACUCUUCAAUGCAAAACGCCAUUUCUAUAAAUUACAUCGACUGUGUGCGAGAGCAAUGGUUAGUGGCUGCGGCCAUUUUUGGAGCUUAUAUCAAUUUUAAUGGCUUCUCUCUGGAACCCACCUGUUGCUUCCUUCUCCCCAGUCAGACCCACCUUGAAUCCAUCAAAAAUGGCGUCCAAUUUCAACCAUACCCUUCGUCGCAGAGGCAACGAUGCUGGCAUUGGCGAUGGCAAAGGCGUCUCGUCUUCUCUUUCGAUGGCGGCUGGUUGGAGCUCUGAUGGUGGCGAUAAGAGCACUAGGAAGCUUCCUGUUCUGCUGUUUGAUAUCAUGGGUACCAUUGUUCGUGAUCCAUUCUAUGAAGAUGUUCCCGCCUUUUUCAGAAUGCCCAUGGAGGAACUACUUGAACUCAAACACCCAACCGUGUGGCUAGAAUUUGAGAAGGGUUUGAUUGAUGAGGCAGAGCUGGAAAAAAAAUUCUUUAAAGAUGGGCGAGCUGUUGAUUUUGAAGGCCUCAAAAACUGUAUGAUAAGUGGUUACUCCUACCUAGAAGGCAUUGAAGAAUUGCUAAAUGCACUAAAAGAGAAAAACUAUGAAAUGCAUGCCUUCACAAACUAUCCUAUUUGGUUCGUGAGAAGAAUCUUCGCAUGCCAUUUCUUGCGAUUAAACGUGUCAUUAACUUCUGUGAUUUCAUUUGGCAGGUACGAAAUGAUCGAGGAGAAGUUGAAAAUCUCGAGAUAUCUAUCGUGGACGUUCUGCUCUUGUAAAAACGGAAAGAGGAAGCCGGAUCCUGAUUUCUACUUGGAAGCCCUCAGACAUCUUGAAGUUGAGCCAGCUAGCUGUAUUUUCAUUGAUGACAGAAAGAAAAACGUAGAAGCAGCGAAAGAAGUCGGCAUUGUAGGCUUACAUUUCAGAAGUGCAGAUCUACUACUACAGGACCUCUGUCGUCUGGGACUCGAUAUUUCACCCGAUAUUCAUCACCUGAACUCGGCAGCGUCAACAUGAACAUACCGAACACGUUGCUGAGGUUUGUUCUGUUUCUUUUUCUUGAUUUGGAAAUGAAAAAUGAACUCAUCUUUACUAUGAUUCAAUUGAUUUUCAUAAUGGCAUGCUGUGUUGAGAUUGUUCUA